CUUUUCUCAAUGCAUGAGUAGCGAUUUCAUAAAAAAAUUAAGAGAAUAGUGACCGUCGUGUACAGUUCAUGCACUUUGCGCCACUCUCGCCAACGCUUGCAUCAAAACAUGACGCUGAUAAGAGUGAAAUCUUAGAGUUUGAGGUAUUACUUAUAUUACUUUUCAUGAUAGGCAUCUUGAAGAGGUGCCUUUCCAUUAUGGCAGGUGAAGAUGUGAUUCGAGGGCUGGCUGAUGUCCGUGGAAAAUUGGAAAAUGCCGUUCAAAAGUUAAGUUAUAAACCACACUCUGAACCCAGAUUAGUUGCAGUUUCAAAGACAAAGCCAAAGGAACUUGUGAUUGCUGCAUAUGAUGCUGGCCAGAGACAUUUUGGAGAGAACUAUGUUCAGGAACUUGCAGAGAAAGGAAGUGAUCCAGAGAUUUUGGAGAGGUGCCCUGAUAUAAAAUGGCAUUUCAUUGGGCACUUGCAGAGCAAUAAGGUGUCAAAAGUACUGUCAGUGCCUAAUCUCCAUAUGAUAGAAACAGUUGAUUCUGAAAAGCUUGCAACAACUGUAAAUCAGAAUUGGGGAAAACUUGGAAAAGACUAUAAUUUAAAAAUAAUGGUGCAAGUGAAUACCAGCAAGGAAGAAGGUAAAAGUGGCUGCUCUACCGACUGUGCAAAAAAAGUAGUUGAACAUGUUUUAAACAAUUGUCCAAACCUAGAAUUUGUUGGUUUAAUGACUAUUGGGAUGUAUGGCUAUGAUGUCAGUUUGGGUCCAAAUCCAGAUUUUAUUAUUGAAAUGGGCAGUACCAAUGUAAGGGUUGGGAGCUUGAUAUUUGGGGCUCGUGAGAAGAAGUAAAUAGUAAUAUUCCAUGACCAAAAAGCUGUUGAAUUGAACAUCUUUUUAAAAGUUUAUUUUAUAAACUUUACAGUGUACAAUGUGUAUGUCAAAUUUAUGUAAUAUAUUAUUGAAGUUGGAGCUGAUAAAUAUCAAAAGUAAAUGUUUAAAAAC